CAACUUAUUCAGAUGAAACCGAAAGCCGAUCAGUUAUAAUACGGCAACCAUGAAUAUAAGACGCAUUCCGGGUAUUCGCUACACACAAUCUGGUGAAACAGCACAGAGUUCCUUGAGUCAUUCCUCUUGUGAUUAUGCGCUAAGUGAUCCAGUUCUAAUAAUCAUUACUUUAACAGCACUGGUGGGAUCAUUUUGCUUACUCAGCGGAUUAAUUCUUCUGUGCGCGGUUUCUAAGACACUACACGAUCAAACUUCAGAGGCUAUUCUUCUCUUGGGAAUUGGAUUCUUUAUCUACACAAUUGCCUUCGUGACCUGGAAAAUAACAAAUGCGCGAAGACUUGCUCACGUGAUCCAGACGCUUAAUAAAGAAAUUAUACCAGUGCACGUGUAAAUAUACCAAGUGCUCAAUAAUUUUCUACUGAAUGCCAAAGUUUAGCUGUAAGAGAGAACUAACGAAUACAUUCAUAACUAUAGUGGUACUUAUUUAUAAACAUACAUAUGUAAAUGUGGAUGUAUAUGUUAAUAGUUGGUGAGCGGCCGUACGGAAGAGUAGAAUAUACGAAGCAAUAAAUACACAUUUCUAUGUACAUACAUACAUACUUUAAGAUAAAAAAUCGAAA